GGAAGCGGGGCAGUCGCCCCCGCUUGGCCCCCCCUUCCUCCGUGGGUGGCUGUGUUUAAUUAUGAUAUUCCUGAACUUGAUAGGUUAAUAUUCUAUCUGCAGUACUUUUUACUAGACUCUGUGUCAAAUUUGACAGCCAAGGUGAACUCAUUAGAUCAAUCGUGGCUGAAGUUUGGAUCAAGCUGAAUAAAAGAGACAAAAAUUUGCCCGAUCAUGUAGUUGGAAUUCAGGAUUGUGUUGAAGACGUCAUGCACUUGUUAGAUGAAGGUUUUCCUGAUGUACGUUAUCUAGUAAUCCAUGGUAUGGGAGGCAUCGGUAAAACAACCCUUGCAAAAGUUGUCUUUAACCAAAUUUCUAGUCGGUUUCAUGGAUGUAGCUUUCUUUCUAAUGUCCGAGAAGCUUCAAAAGGCGGCAACAUUGUUCAAUUGCAAAGGCAAUUAUUGUCAGAAAUUCUUAACUUCAAACUAGUGGAGAUUUCUGAUUCUGAUGUAGGGAUUAACCAAAUUAAAAGGAGAUUCCGUGACAAGAAAGUCCUCAUUGUCCUUGAUGACCUGAAUACAUGGGACCAAUUUGCAAAACUUGCAGAAAAGCGUGAUUGGUUUGGUCAAGGGAGCAGAAUUAUUAUUACGACGAGGGACACAAACUUUUUGCCAAUCGAAGAGGAGAACCAAGAAAAUAGUGUCCCAUUGCAUUCCGAAGAGUUUAAAGUAUAUCAAAUGAGAGAAUUGCACCGUUGCCAUGCUCAACAUCUUUUUUGUAGGCAUGCUUUCAGAAUGGAUUCACCUCCACAUGAUUAUGCUGAUAUUUCUUGCGAUAUCAUUUGCAAAGCUAGUGGACUUCCUUUGGCUCUCGAGGUUAUCGGUUCCUCUCUUUAUUGCAAAAGUGAACGAUUUUGGAUAGACACAUUAAAGAAAUUAAAUUUAGUUCCCAAGCAAGAUGUCCUUGACAAAUUAAAGAUUAGUUUUGAAAUGCUUGAGGAUGCACAAAGAGAAAUUUUUCUUGAUAUUGCAUGUUACUUUAUUGGUGAAGAAAGAACUCAUCUACAUUAUAUGUGGAAAGCAUUGGAUUUUUUCCCAAGAAGCGAUGUCAUUGUUCUUACCCGUAUGUCUUUGAUAAAGAUUGUCAAUGAUAGAUUGUUGAUGCAUGAUCUCCUCAGAGAUCUUGGAAGAGAAAUUGUUCGACUGGAAGACCCCAAAUUUCCUAAGAACCGUAGCAGACUAUGGUGUCCUAAGGUUGCGUUGGAUGUAGUGCAGACUAGAAAGGGAACAGAGAACAUCAUAGCCCUCAAACUAAUCAGACUUUCCAAAGAGCACGACUUUACAAGUGAUGAGUUUUCAAGGCUCCCUAGCUUAAGGUUCUUGGAAUUAGAGGGGGGAAACUUGGUUGCAGACUUCAAAAAUCUUCUCUCGAGUCUAAGAUGGCUCUCUUGGCACCGUUGCCCUUCAAAGUUGCAGGCGGUCAAUCUAUAUAUAUGGAACUUAACAGUGCUUAAGCUUUUGGACAGCAACAUUCCAGAGAAUUGGAAUGGAUGGGGCUCAUUCUUGGUGAAUCAUGACUUGAAAGUAAUACAUCUCAUGAGAUGUCAUCUCUCAAGAACUCCUGACUUCUCAACAUGCUUGAAUUUGAAGAUACUAGUUCUUGAUGGACAUUGUCCAAAGUCAGUACAAAUUGGUAGCUCUAUCAGUAAGCUAGAGAGACUAAAGCACUUGGAAAUAAUUGCAGCCCAAGUUCAGCUACCAAGGCUGUCAACAGGCUUCCAUUUUGACUUGUUCACAGUGCCUCCUGCAAUAUGUGAUCUAAAAUACCUGUCAAGUCUAAAGCUAGAGGGGCAGUGUAUGCGGGAGCUUCAUCCAUCUAUUGGAGAGAUGGCGUGCUUGACAUGCUUGUCUUUAAGGGGUUGUCAUCGACUUAGAAAGCUUCCAGAAUCCAUUGGGAAAUUGAGAUCAUUGCUCCUUUUGAAUUUGCUCUACACAAGAAUCAAAGAAUUACCUGAUUCUAUUGGAGAACUCAAAAGGUUGGAGGAAAUGAAUCUAGGAUUCACUCAAAUAAGGGAGCUACCAAGCACCAUUGGAGGACUAAAAUCAUUGCUUGCCUUAAACUUGCAGCGUACAAAGAUUACAGAACUGCCUCCUUCUAUUGGAUAUCUUAUAAGGCUUGAAUGCUUAUUAAUGGCUGGGAGUAAGAUAAAAGAGUUACCGAAGGCCAUAGGGAUGUUGGAGAAUCUUAAAGUGUUGGAAUCCCGCAAUUGUAAAAAUCUGGAUGGGGAAAUCCCAAGCGAGAUUGGACGAUUAUCCUCUUUGGAGGUGCUAGACGUAUCAGGUAGCAAGGUAAGCAGGGUGCCAACCACCAUUAAUCAGCUGGCUCGUCUUCAAGAACUUCGUUUUGGAGAUUGUCAUAAGCUUGAAAGGUUGCCGCAACUUCCUACAAGCCUAAAAGUUCUCUGUUUCGGAGCGGGGACUGCGCUUGGCUCCCCUGGACAAACUUUAUCCAAGGGGAUAGGGAAGUCAGCAAAGCUGGAGGAUUGGAAUAUCACAUGGCCCCCUCAGCUUUGGGCACUUAGCAUAUAUUGUGAUGAUCCUCGAUCUCUCAAAAGGCUUCCUUCUAGUCUCUCUCUUCUGGAAUUAAGAGAUGUCCAGUCACCGAUAAAACAGCCAUUCUUUUCCAACUUGAGAUAUUUGAAACAUUUGUCCAGGUUAACACUCUUUAGAUGUUGGUUGAAAGAGAUCGAGUUUGAUCAGUUAGAGAAUCUCCAUUGUUUGAGUGUGGCUGAAUCUGAAUCUCUGGUGAGGCUAUCAGGUCUAUCAAACUUAGGAAAGCUCGAAGAGCUAACAGUGAGGAGUUGCUCACAGCUAAUCGAGAUUCAAGAUAUAGAAGAAUUGCAAUCGUUGAAGGAAUUAUUAAUUAGGAAAUGCAGCUCCAUAAAAAGGUUACCUAGUCUAUCAAAACUAUAUAAGUUGCGGACGCUGCACCUCUUUAACUGUGAAUCACUGCAAUAUUUGCCUGAUGUAUCAAAUGCAUGUCAUCCCUCUGUUCAUGGAUGCCCAAUGUUAGGCGAGUCUAGUGACGACGGAUGCGAAUUACGUGUGCGGUUUACUCAGUCAAUCAAACCUAAGGAACAGAAGGAAUUGAAACAAUUGGCAGCAUCAUCAUUACUUUCGGCACCGCGGCUCCAUCGAAAAGGUCUAUUGAUCUAUCAAAAUCUUGAGGUGUAA